AUGGAGGAAGCUUUGUUAAGCGACGAAUUACCAAAAUUCAGUGAUAUUAGACGGUAUUUUUGUCCAUACUGCGGUAUCUGUAGAUCCAAAAAAACCCUAAUCACUUCCCACAUCAAUUCCCAACACAAGGAAGAGUUGGAGAAAGCAAAAGAUGAACCUGAACCUGAAGCAGAGGCUACUUUGAAAGCUAAUACAUGUGAGGAGUGUGGUGCAAGUUUCAAAAAACAUGCUUAUUUGUUGCAGCAUAUGCAAAGCCAUUCACUUGAGAGGCCAUAUGUAUGUACCCUCGAAGAUUGUAAUGCAAGUUACAGAAGAAAGGACCAUUUGAAUCGUCACCUUCUACAACAUCAAGGGAAAAAUUUCAAAUGUCCCAUUGAGAAUUGCAAAAGUGAUUUCUCUUUGCAAAGCAAUUUGAAAAGACAUCUUGAUGAGAUGCAUGAUGAAAAUUCUACACCUGCCAGGAAUGGCGAAAAUCAGAAGUGUUUUGUAUGUCCUGAAAUUGGUUGUGGAAAGGUUUUCCGACAUGCUUCGAGGCUACAGAAGCAUGAAGAUUCUCAUGUUAUGCUAGAGACAGUUGAUGUAGUGUGCUUAGAGCCGGGUUGCUUGAAACAUUUCACCAAUUCCGAGUGCCUUAAAGCUCAUGUUAAGUCCUGCCAUCAAUAUGUAACAUGUGACACUUGUGGGACUAAGCAACUGAAGAAGAACAUGAAAAGGCAUCUCCGUACGCACGAAGCCGGCACUUCAACAGAACCCCUUAAAUGUGAAUAUAAGGAUUGUGACUGCACAUUCACAACCAAAUCUAAUCUUCGAAAGCAUGAGAAGGCAGUACACCUUGAUUUAAGGCGUUUUAUGUGUGGAUUUCCUAACUGUGGAAUGAGAUUUGCUUACAAACACGUUAGAGACAAUCAUGAAAAGACGGCAAAACAUCUUUUUACCCUUGGUGAUUUUGAAGAAGCUGAUGAAGAAUUCAGGUCAAGGCCAAGGGGUGGGGUGAAGAGAAAAUAUCCUACAGUAGAUAUGUUGAUUAGGAAGAGAGUUACUCCACCUGGUCAAUUGGAGAAGUUGUUUUCGCAGACUUGUGAGCAAGAUGGAUCAUAUCAUACUCCUCUCUAG